AUGGAUGUGGUUCCUCAAGGUGGAACAGGACCAGGUGCCCCGAGGAUAGGGGAAGGUCGCCGCAUUCAGAACAUGUCCGAAGGGUCGCAGCAACAGCGGCGGGCAUCGCGCAAUAUGCGUGCCGAGAGAACCACAACGUCUUGCGGAGAGUGUAGGAGGCGGAAGCAGAAGGCAUCCAGCCAGUGCGAUCAACAACAGCCAUGCGGCAACUGCCAGCGGCGGUUCCCUCAGCCAGUAUGCGAAUACCGCAUAGGGAACCGGAUACCUGGGACAUCAACUUUUCCGGCACCAGCAAGAGCUGGCGGACGAGGCCUAGCUCGCGAUCUCUCAGAUUUAAACAGUCCUCUAAUAGAAAUAUCGCGACUCCAGGGAACGUCUAGGCCUGCCAACGCACGUUGGCCAGGGGCCGCUGUUACGGGAUCUCUCUCGGGGUUCGAUGCGAAUUUAACGACUACCGACCUCUUUCAAGGCAGCAAGCUAGCAUGGAUCGCGGACAGGAGCAUCGGGUUGACAACACCUCCAUCACGGCUUAAACUGAUACUGGGCGAUUCUAGCUGCAUGCUUGAUUUAGAUCCCUUCCAAGCCUCCCAACAGGUCCUUACGUACCGCCGUGCAUUCCCAAACCUAGUUCUUGGAGCUGAAAAUGACGACAAGAGAGAAGAAUGGACUACUGACGACGAUGUAAUACAAAUAGUCUGGGCCCAUUCCGCGCAGACAAGGCCUCAACGGCAAAUAGGGGACAUGGAAGAUCAGUUUGGGCAUCUGCCGAUAGCUCAGACACCGCUCAAUAAGAAGCUUCUGAGAAUUUACUUCACCAUACUCUCCCGCUUCAAGGCGUCUCUGAUCGGAGACCCAGACCCCAACAACCCAUUUGUAAAGGUUUAUGCCCCAUUUUGUGUCCAGGACCCCCUCGUCGUACAAAUCAUCAUGUACGCCUCAGCCUGCUACCUACAUGAGACUGGCCACCUCCCGCGGACGGCCCUAAUGGCCAAUAAGGGCCGCGCCAUCCAUAUGCUGAACCAGCGGAUCAGUUUUGGCCAGGCCACCACCUCCGGCAGUAGCAGCGAAAACGCCGGCAGAGGAGGCGGAAGGACAGGAGACGCGGCCGUUGCAAGCGUCAUUCAGCUCACCGCCGCCGAGUGGUACUGGGGCGAGGCUGAAGAGGACGUCCGGCAUCAUUUCUCCGGCUUACGGGACAUGAUUCGAAUCCGCGGCGGUUUUGAUCACCUAGGGAUGAAUGGCAUCUUGGCGAAAAACGCAAUAUGUCACGAUGUCUCCAUAGCACUCGCGCACGAAAACAGCCCACUGUUGCUGUCCCAGCCCCAUGAAGGCGGCGGAGGCCCAAGUCAGCCGUGGGCGGCGGACUACGCCUUCGCCGACCCUAUAAAAGACGUGCCCUUUCGCAUGUCACACUGCACACCUUUCGUUCACAAGCUAACUUCCGUGGGGACGUUACCGACAUUUGCCGAGUGCGCGCAGUCCCUUGGAGUCCACCGGGCGACGGCAUCCAUACUUGACAAUGUGAGGUUCCUCUUUCGGGCCGUAGAGGCAGCGUACGCGACGACAGAAAAGACGACUACCGAUCCGGCUGGCGAGCGAACGACGAGAGCGCCGACCAAAGCGGCAUCGCGCAAAGUGCAACUCACGGGAAAGUACAUUCAUGAACACAUUCUGAGUUUGCAUCCUACGAUACCGGGACAUCGACAGUCUUCGCCAGGCGUAUCGACACAGGGAGGGAAUUCCCCAGGGAGCAAUUAUUUUGCUGGCACAGAUGAGGAAUCUAUUCGAAGCGGCAGCAUAUCGAGCACCGGCACAGCCGGACCUGGUUCCGGCGGCCUAGGCCGCUCACCACCGGCGGCGGGGUCAGACUCCACUACGACACCGGACACUAGCAACUCGCCGACAAGCCCUCGAUCGAUAGCGGCGCCAUAUCAACAACACCAGCACCAGCAAAGCCCUGACUACAUGUACCAGGUGAUUCGAGCCGCUGCCAUUGUCUACAGUCGGGCUAUUAUGGACCGGGUACCGCUGAGCGUCGCAUGCACAAAUACUGAAUUUCUGCAUAUUUGGACAACGACGUGGCGUGUACCGCUGCUGACAUGGAACGGCGCGGUGAGUAUCUUUCAAUGGAUCAUGCUAGUCAUUGCACCUGCUUGCCACAAGACACCGCAUGCGCGGUUCGUCAAGAAUAUGCUCAUGGUCAGCACGCUCACACUCGGGGUGGACAACUGGGCGGUGACUAUCGACGCCGCGAGAGCCGCCAUUAAACUGCAGCACUGGCUCAAGGGCGAAGACACGGAAGAGGAAGAAGGCGAGGAUGAAAUGGGAGAAGGAGAGGGAGAGACAGAGAGGGGGGGAGCAGGGCGGCGAUUCCCCGGACGCGAAGAGCGGUGA